AUGGAUCUCAAAGGUCUCUGCUUUGUGGCAUUUGCCCUGAUGUUAGGUUUCUCCAGUACAGUUGGUGAAUAUGUUGGCUUAUCUGCUAAUCAAUGUGCCGUCCCAUCCAGUGAAAGAGUAGACUGUGGGUACCCUGAAGUCACUCCAGAGCAAUGCAAUAACAGAGGAUGUUGCUUUGAUUCCAGCAUCCCUGAAGUACCCUGGUGCUUCAAACCUCUCCAAGAAGCAGGUAACUAUUUUUUUUUUUUGAAUGCUACCACUGGAGCUUGA